AUGCACCAAAAGAUAUCUAAGUCCUUGAUGUGCAGGGGACAAAUCAGGAAAUAUCUGGUCCCUCAAUGGAUUCAAGUCAAAGCCACUCCAUCCACGAGGGAUGGUCGAUUGGCUCCUACGCCUGCCCUGCCCCGCGCCGAGGGCUGGGGCCGCCAAAUACCAGCCACCAAGAUAAUCGCGAUGUAUAGACCAGACCGACGAGAACUCAUCACCCGCGUGUUCCCAUUCAAUCUCAUCACGCUUGACCCAUCUCUUUACCACAACCAUCCCAUUGUCUGGCUCAAGACAGGAACUGCACACGGCUCAUCGUCUGGCGUCUGA